GUAGCCAAUGAAGUGGCGGAGUUAACAGCCCCUUCUCUGCCCUUAACAAUUGCUGCGAGGUUGAAACCUGUGUGAACCCGGUGGGUAUUCUUGAUCUGCGGCUUCCUCUCUCCGUAGGCCUCAUCAAUAGUCCAGCACCAAGACCACUUAGAACAAUGGAAGGUAAUGGAUCCGUCGACAUGUUCUCAGAAGUCCUGGAGAACCAGUUCCUCCAGGCCGCUAAGCUGGUGGAGAAUCACUUGGACUCUGAAAUUCAGAAACUGGAUCAGAUUGGUGAAGAUGAACUGGAGCUGCUCAAAGAAAAGAGGCUGGCGGCGCUCAGGAAGGCUCAGCAGCAGAAACAAGAGUGGCUUUCCAAAGGGCACGGGGAGUACAGAGAAAUCGGCAGCGAGAGAGACUUCUUUCAAGAGGUCAAGGAGAGUGAGAAAGUGGUUUGCCAUUUCUACAGAGACACCACAUUCAGGUGUAAAAUACUAGACAGACAUUUGGCAAUUCUGGCCAAAAAGCAUCUUGAAACCAAGUUUUUGAAGCUGAAUGUGGAAAAGGCACCAUUCCUCUGUGAGAGACUGCGGAUCAAGGUCAUCCCCACGCUAGCUCUCUUAAGAGAUGGCAAGACGCAAGAUUAUGUUGUUGGAUUCACCGACCUAGGAAAUACAGAUGACUUCACUACAGAAACUUUAGAAUGGAGACUUGGUUGUUCUGAUGUUAUCAAUUACAGUGGAAAUUUAAUGGAGCCACCAUUUCAGAGCCAAAAGAAAUUUGGGACAAACUUUACAAAGCUGGAAAAGAAAACUAUCCGAGGAAAGAAAUACGAUUCCGAUUCUGAUGAUGACUAGACUGUGCUGUACUUUAAAACCUUCCGUCUGUCUGUCUGUCUGUCUGUCUACUUCAGAGUUAAGUGUGUUUUCUAAAUUCCUAAAUUCCACUGAUUUCGGCCCAUUGACCAUCUGACACUCUUAUCCCAGCCUGUACACUGUUUGACCAUUUUGUCUGCAGUCAUUGUGUAUAACUUGAGAGAAACAUACUUUAAAUUACCUGGGAGGGUCUGAAUUCUCUAUUUUUGUGAUUGAUUUUAUCAUAACGUGAUUCUUCUAUCUUCAAACCAUUCACAUGUCUGUUUUUAAUCUCCUGAGUUAGAGAUAGGAAUUUGCCCACUAUUGUAAGAGCCAAUGAGUGACCAUCCACUGGGCACCACAUGCACUUCCUUGUCCGUGAUCCGCUUCGUGGAAUGGGUUUCAGGAACUGUUAAAGACUCACUCAUGGUGACUCUGCUGAUGAUAGCGGCAGGAAACCCAGGGUGUGAGCACAUCGCCUUAUUUAAAUAGUCCUCAUUGCACACGCACAUUAUGAGACCUGCAAAAAUAUAAUUAAACCGUUUUUGAGUGGUAACAUAAGGAACUCCAUUGGCUGCUCAGUAAAACAACUUUAGCAAAGGUGAAAUUUCUAAAAGUGUGAGUCUGGAAACUAUGAGAUCAUAUAGCAAACAAAAACAUUUUAAAAAAAAUAUAGGCCAUGUGCUUAGCAUGAACAGAAAUAAUCUGAUGCCCAGAAAUAAAUAAGCCUUGGUAAGAAAAGAGUAUAGCAUCAACUACUGAGAUGGCUCAAUGGAGAAAGGCACUUACCACAAAACUUGGGGACUGGGCCCACUGGUGGAAGGAAAGAAAAGAUUCCUGCAAGAUGUCGUUUAACAUACACAAUACAGGAAAUACAAAUGAGUUGAACUACAGGGGUCUUGGGGUUUGAGAGCAGUCUAAAACAACACAAAGGGGCUGGAGAGAAGGCUCGGCAGUUAAGAGCACUUGAGAUGGCUUCCUGGCACCUACAUGGUGGCACACAGCCAUCCACUAGCUCCCAUUCUAGGACUCUGAUGCCUUCUGACCUCCAAGGCCACCAAGCACAGCAGUGCUCAGUGGUGAGGGGUUCCUUCAGGUAAGCCAGGCUGUUCUGGUGAAUUGACACACCCACCUUCCAAGAAGCCCACCAGAUGUGGGCUUUGACGAGGCUGUUUCCUCCAGACGAGUUUGCAGUAGAGAGGAAUCCCAUUUGUGUUACUGCGACUGAGAAGGCAGGAUCCAGGCACCACCUUGAGAGGGAACUGAGCCACACUUGGAGUCUGAGAAUGGAGAACAGCCAUCCAACAGACAACCUAGGAGAUGGUUAUGGAGAGUGGGAGGGCUACGUGCAAGAGACAAGUUAGGGCAGUACAGUGCACAGGGAAAAACCCUGCCCUGGAUGCCAGGACCAGAUUACAUCAAGAAUAAACGUGCCUGUAGCCCUACUCCUGAGGUCAUCGGGUGGACCGGCUGGUGAUGUUAUCUAGGUAGCGGUACGGCCACAGAUCCUGAAGACUGCAGCACCAGCAGGCAAGCUCCCAUAGCUACAUUCUUCCAGCAAGACAAAAGCAGAGACAAUGUGAUGUCUCGGUUGCUCCCACACUCCCAGUGCACUUGGGAGACCACCACAGCAGCCUAUCAGCCACUUCUGGGGAUCCAGUCCAAGAAUGAAAGCCCAUAGGCUGCAGAGCUAAGUGCGGCCAGUAGAGGACGCUACUACAUAAAGGUGGGAAGCUAUUCAAGUGGAGCCAGGUCCUGUGGGAAUCUGACACUUGCCAAACAGGGCUUAACCUUAGAAAAGAGCCCUGGUUCAACAGCCUUCACCAUCACAUCAGCCCCUGAGACUCCCCUUGCCCUUCUUUCUUUGACCUUCUGGCCUACCCUUGUAUUUAACUUUUGUUCAACUCAUAGCGAUUCUUUUAUCCUGGUGUUACUCAUCUCAUCAUGAAAUACUUCAUUUUGGUUAUGCAUUUUUUUCCACUAUCUGGCGGUAUUUUUUUCUUUUGUUCCUCUCAACUAGACUUUCAGCAGUAUUUAACUUUGUCUUACUGGGGAUAGUCUUUACUUUUUUGUUUUAAAAAUCUCAUGUUUCUAUUUUGUUCUUUACUUGAGGGGGAAGGUUGGGACGGGGACUUUCUACAUUGCCCUCUGUAGGCCAGGCUGGCCUUGAACUAGAGAUCUGCCUCCGGAACUUGUGAACUAAAAGGCAGUGCUGAACUCCCCUUCUUAACAUUUAUCUAAUUUUGAGUUUUAAUUUAAUUAUUUAAAAAUCUGGAAUUUUUAUUAUGUAUUUUUAUGUAUUUUUUCUAUUCUACUCUCUCUUUUCCCUUCCACGACAUUCUUCUCUACCACUUCUCUUUAACUUUUGGUUCAUUUACUAUUAUUUCUCUAUUUCCCUUCUUUUUUAUCUCAUUCAUUUGCUAAUGCUACAUUGACCCUAAAUAAUUCUUAAUUUAUAAAAUUCUAUAGUACAUGCUCCCGUUCUCUGUUUGAUGGUCACGGGUGGUGUACUAAUGGACUUUAUUUUAGGUGUAUUUCUAUCUGUGGCUGUUGCCACUACAGUAGCUCCCUUUCUCAGUACAGGGCAGUAGUAGGGACUGAGCCCCAAGAGCGAGUUGCUUACUAAGAUUUGCAAGUAAAACCAGGAGAGAACCAAACCAAAGAUGUGCCAAUUUUAUCAGAGAAACAACAGAUGUAUGGGGUGUGGGUGCAAGCAAAAUAAUAUGAUUAUCAAGAAUGUAACUUUAUAUUCAUUAUUUUUAAAAGGUGGAAGAUUUAUGUCAGCAGAAAAGGAAGCAGCGUAGAAUUAACAGUUUUUAUGUUUGUGUACAUGUGUGUAUAUACACAUGUGUGCAUGUGUAGAGGUCAGAAGACAACUCCACUAUGUGAGUUCUUUUUUAAUGUAUACAAGUACACUGUUGCUCUCUUCAGAUACACCCAGAAGAGGGCACCCAUUACAGAUGGUUGUGAGCCACUAUGCGGUUGCUAGGAAUUGAAGUCAGGACCUCUGAAAGAGCAGUCAGUAUGCUUAACCACUCAGCCAUCUCUCCAACCCCCCCCCACUCUGUGAGUUCUAAGGGUUGAACUCAGGUCAUCAAGGUUGGCCCAGUGGGUAAAGCUGCAUGUUGCCAUGCCUGACAACCUGAGUCUGAUGCCCUGACCUUCUGCACUGAUCAGUAAUCUCAGUGUACCCCUAGGAUCAGAAGCAGACAGAGGACUCUUCCAGCUAGCUUGCACACACUGGUGAAGAACCCCUUCCUCACACAAGGUAGAAAAGGAAAGGCCAAAACCCAAUGGUUGUCCUCUAUACUCCAGGCACAUACUCACCAUGUCCACACAGAAGAACAUGCAUACACACAAGUUUCCUUAAUCCCCCAAGGCCCCGAUACCAAAACUGGUUAAGAACACAACAACAAAAGAAGUUACAGGUCACUUCACUUGAUGUACAUAGAAACGUUCUCCAUAAAAUGCAUACAAAAUCAUAUUGAAGAGAUACUAAGAUCAAAUGUCAUAGCGCAGUUGGUUUUGCCUGAGGAAAGGGAGGUUUAAGCAAAAAUAAAGUCAAUCAAUCAAUCAAUGUUAUGCCCCAUGGGCCUGAGGAAAUGGCUCAGUGGUUAAGAGUGCUCAGAGCUCUUGCAAAGGACUCUGCUCUGGCUCCCAGCACCCACAUCAGGUGGCUCACAACCGCCACCUAUAACUCUAGUUCCAAGGGAUGUGACACCCUAUGGAACUUUGAAGACACUUUCACGCAUGUGGUAAACUCAUACAGCCUCACACACUUACACAUGAUAAACAUUGAAAAAAUGCUAUCCUACACACACACACACACACACACCCAGCCUUAAAGGAAAAAUCACAUGAUAAUCCCCACAAACACUGGAAAGGCCUUUGACAAAGUUCAAUUCUAAAGAAGCUAGGAAUAAGAGAAGCACAAUGUACUGGCUAGUUUUGUGUCAACUUGGCACAGCUGGAGUUAUCACAGAGAAAGGAGCUGCAGUGGAGGAAAUGCCUCCAUGAGAUCCAGCUGUAAGGCAUUUUCUCAAUUAGUGAUCAAGGGGGAAAGGCCCCUUGUGGGUGGGGCCAUCUCUGGGCUGGUAGUCUUGGUUCUAUAAGAGAGCAGGCUGAGCAAGCCAGGGGAAGCAAGCCAGUAAAGAACAUCCCUCCAUGGCUUCUGCAUCAGUUCCUGCUUUCUGACCUGCUUGAGUUCCAGUCCUGACUUCCUUGGUGAUGAACAGCAGUAUGGAAAUGUAAGCUGAAUAAACCCUUUCCUCCCCAACUUGCUUCUUGGUCAUGAUGUUUGUGCAGGAAUAGAAACCCUGACUAAGACAAACAAUAUAAUAAAGUGGUGUAUGAAAAACUUA